CUCCUCAUAAAUGUAUGAAAUUCCGUUGCAGUCAUACGGAAAUUGCGAGUUUUUAAAUAAGAAAAUUUCUUGGAGAUAAUGUCGUUGCCAAUAAUUAAUCCAGUGUUGUUCAAUUAAAACAAGUUCACAGCAGUGUCAUUGAUAUAAAACACAUAUUACGACACGAAUUCUAAGUUAGUUCACUAAAUUUAAUUGUUAACCAAUUUAACAUCGACGAGCUGGCUAUACGAUUUGGGAUGUACAAAUUGAAUAGAUAAACACGAAAAUCUAUCCGAAAUAAGUGAUAUAAAACGGUAAUGGCAGAAUGGACAACGAACAGCCACACCAGGAAUUGGUAAAAUGUGUUCUUGUUGGUGAUACAGCUGUUGGAAAAACCCGAUUAAUAUGUGCAAGAGCUUGCAACAAACACGUACAAUCUUUCGAUCAAUUACUGGCAACACAUGUUCCGACUGUAUGGGCCAUCGAUCAAUAUCGCAUAUACAAAGAUGUACUUGAAAGAUCAUGGGAGAUCGUUGAUAAUGUGAACGUUUCACUACGACUCUGGGAUACCUUCGGUGACCAUGAUAAAGAUAGACGAUUCGCGUACGGACGUUCCGAUGUGGUGCUUUUGUGCUUUUCGAUUGCCAAUCCGGUAUCGCUACGAAAUUGUCGUGCGAUGUGGUAUCCGGAAAUUCGAAAGUUUUGCCCAGAUGUUCCGGUAAUUUUAGUUGGUUGUAAAAACGACUUGAGGUACAUGUACAGAGAUGAGACUUACUUAUCGUAUUUUGGAGACAGAAGCAAAUUCGUUAGAGCGGCGAAGAAAUGUGAUUUGGUGAUGCCGGACGAAGCCAGAGCAGUUGCCAAAGAACUCGGUAUUGGCUAUUAUGAGACGAGUGUCUUCACUUACUAUGGAGUGAAUGAGGUGUUUGAGAAUGCGAUACGGGCUGCACUAAUCUCGCGUCGUCAGACCCGAUUUUGGAUGACCAAUUUGAAACGAGUUCAGAGACCCCUACUUCAAGAACCCUUUAGACCUCCCAAGCCACUACCUCCAGAAGUAACCAUCAUUUCCGGAACGCACACUGUAGAUAUGCGGUUCAUGUUGAAUUCACAGAGUUACACAGAUUUAGUUCUAAUCGUUGGAUCAAUUCGUUUCCAAGUGCAUCGAUUUAUGUUAGCAUCCGGAUCGUCAACAUUUUACAGGCUACUCACUCUCGACCUGUCGGAUAUGGGCGCAAGAAGUAGUAGCGAGUCAAGUAUGGUUAGUUCGACGUUCGGUGACAAUUCCACGACUGAUUUCAACGAAGACACCGAAUACUUGAUUCGAAAUGAACAAGGAAAAAUGCCGUUAAGAAUGUGGGAUCAACUGAAGAGAAGAUCAAGCUAUCAAGCACUUCCAACGAUUGAGCCGAAGAAGCAAUGUGAUUUAUUUCGAGAUCUACACCACCCGGUUUUCCAAAGUAUCCGAAUUAUCCAGGUGGACUCACAUCGGCAUAAAAAGUCUGGCAUCAAUGAGACCCAAACAAUAAUCACAAUCAGCAAACUGAUAACACCGCAAGCAUUAAACCAGUGUCUGAAAUACAUUUACACUGGAAGCAUCGACAAAGAUUGCUUAAACUUACAGACCGCUUCAUUAGGACUCUUACUGGAAAUUCGUCAAGCUGCUGAACUGCUGGGAUUGCCAGAGUUAACAAUGCUUCCGUCCUCAUUGCAAAAUUCAAACUUUACGGCUGAUGACUCGAUUCAACAUUACUCUCCGUGCAUGAAAAAAAAUCUAGAAAAAUAUUGCGUAAAUUCCGGCCUAUUUAGUGACGUUACCUUCGAAUUGGACGACGGUCACAUAAAGUCACAUCGUGCAAUGUUGAUCGCUCGUUGCGAUGUUAUGCGAGCUAUGUUAAAUGGCGACUUUCGAGAGGCUCAUUCAAAUGUUAUCAUAUUUCCCGGCGUAACGCAAUACACAUUUCACAAAUUUUUGUGCUACAUGUAUACCGACGAAAUACCUCAAAUAUCAGCCGACAAGUGUUUAAAUUUAUUAGAGCUGGCGAAUCGUUUGUGUUUACCGCGACUGUUGAAUUUAGUUGAAUGUCGGGUAAUCGAGGACUUAUCCAAGAUGUCACAGUCGGAGACUAGUGAAGCGGUAGAGCAUUGUCUGAAGCUCCUAGAACCAGUUAAGCUACAUAAUGCACAUCAAUUGGCUGAAUGGGCAAUGUCGUAUCUAUGCGUAAAUUACAAUACAAUUUGUCAAAUAUCACCAAAGAGUCUGAGAGCGUUGCAUCCCGAGAAUCAGGAAUAUUUACGCGAACACCGAUGGCCACCGGUUUGGUAUUUAAAAGAUUUCGAUUACUAUCAGCGAUGUAUGGCCGAAAUCAACAAAGAGAAAAAUAUGAAAAGAAAACGUGGCUCCGGCGUUGACGACGGUUGUUUAUGUUUCUGUGGAGUGUUUUCUUGGAUGUUAGGCAAAUCUCGGCGGCAUGAAAUUAUAUCAACGCAAGCGGCAGCGGCUGCACUGUACACUCACCAGUUGCCAGAUAGCACACAUCUAUUGAAUAGCAUUCCGAAUUUGAUAAAUCCGUUGGACCAUCCAGAGCCAGACAAUAUGAAUCUUUGACGUUCAAUGAACGUUUGGAGGUCCAUUCGAUUCGUUGUCAUCCUACCAGUUCUCAUCUGCUUCAUUUGUACCAUACUCAGCAUUUUAAUUUUGUUGCAAAUAUACACCUAAGCGGUGCAGAUGGCUAAUUCAUCUGUCAUCAGAGAUAGAAUUAAGCUCGACAAGAUUUGGUUAGUGUUCUUUUACAACAGCAAGAUGUAUUUAUUCUAAUGAAGUAAUAGAUUUUGUAUCGAACACUAAGACGAUACAAUAAUGAUUAUAAUGUAGCGAUGAGCUUGCCGGUUUGUAAAAGGUAUAAAAAGAGAAGUCACUUUUCGUUGAUUCCUUUUUUUUCAGUUUUUUUGUUAACUGGGGGUGCUGUUUAUUUAAAGACUGUGAAUUUAAUCGAUAGAUUUAACAAAAAUUGGAAAUUAAAAAAAAGGAAAAAAAAAACACAAAAUUAGAUGUAGACAUAGCAAUUAGGAAAAAUAUUGUAAGAUUAUAGCUCAGUGUUUUUUUAACAAACAUUUUUUUUAUAUGAAAUUCAUACGAUUUUCGCUGUGCUACACCAAUAGAAGAAACUCGGACAUGCAAUCGAAUUCAUAUAUUAUACACACAUACAAUGUAAAGACUUGAAUUCUACCGAACCAAUCACUACUUAAUUAAUGAACAGAAGUUAUACGUUUAGAAUAAUUUUUAGAGAAACUAGCGUGGAAUCAUCAAACAAAAUGCAAGGUUAUUGUUGUUGCUGUUGAUGACGUUUUAGAUUGCUGUAAAAUAUAGUGAUUGACAAGGGCAAGCCAACAAAAGUGUACAUACACUAAACACUAAAUGAUCGUAACAGCAAUAACCGUCUUUUGAAUACUUAUUUUUUCAGUAAUUACCUGCGUUCUUUUUACCCUCUAAGUAUCAAUCAUUUGACUGAAUAUUUUCUUCUGAAAUUUUUUGCAUCUUUUGUUUCAAGCUAAUUUUCUAUCCGAACACUGACUUCUAUUCAACAAUUACAAUAUUCAAAUAAGUAAAUGAACAUCACUGCUGUGUGCAAUUCAAUUCAAUUAAUUUCUAAUAAACAUUUCUACUCUGAAAGUAUUGAAUCGUCGCUUUUCUUAAUUCAAAUCGCCUGUAGCGCAUCACAUGAAAAAUUAGUCAUCCCUUUCCAUAAACGAAAAUAUUUAAUGGUUUCAAGUCUUAUCACUUUAAUGUAUAAUUCGGGUCAGAAGCAUUUGUGAGAAUUAAAGAAAUAAAAAUAACUCGAAAGCAGACUAAAUAUUGGACGUUUCAAUUCAUUCUCAACUUGCUUAUAUAGUCAAACCGAUAGCUUUGUAAAUGUCAGACAUUUUGGAAAACUUCGAAGUCCCGUAUACAGAUUUGUGUAAGAGAUACAUGGAAACCAUGUACACACGUCUUGUACUAUCUUAAUAUUUCGCUUUGGCUUAAAAAUUAAUUGUCCUACUCAUACUCUAUGUAUUUGAAAGCGCAUACCUGACGAUAAAUGAAUUUAAGUUUUUCAGAAUGUUUCGUCGCAUUCGUUUGUUUUUAGUAGCGUAGUAGAAUGUCAAUUAAUCUUCCGAGACAAAAUUGAAAUUAGUUAAAUCUAAACGAACAUUCUGUGCGAAGUGAAUUUUUAUAUGUAAAAGGAAGAUAAUAGCAUAGUGUGCUCACAACCGUCUCAACGUUAGCUGAACAGUUUUUUUUUUAAGACAUUUUCGUCAAUUUUCUUUUUAACAACUUUUUGGAACUGUAGUGCCUCUAUAGAGUAAGUCUUCAGUUAGCAUCAAUUGAAUUAGCGAUCGAUGAUUUCAUUUGCAUUUUUAGAACCAAAUACCCGCUUGUUGAUAAAAUUGAUGUUAGAUCACUCGUAUGAAAAACUCGUGUUACAUUUAGUGUACACUGUACAGAAAUGUUUUGGUGCGAAAAUUCAAGCGAAAACUGCACCUUAAUAUUCUAGAAAGGGCUAGUCAUCAACGACCAAAGUAAACGAUGAGCUUCGGUCAGUGUUGUCUUAUAUAACGAAGCAAAAUGAUAGAACAAGUGAAGCAAACUACUUUGCAAGACUUCAAACAAAUGAAGUAGCAGAUUUGAUGAUACAUCGUGAUACGCUUACCGUUUCUGAAAGGUUAAUCAUUGCGAUAUAAGUCUGGAAAAUGCGGGAUAAAGUUAGGGUAUGUAAUAAAUGAACUUGUAAAAAAUAUGCGUAGGAAUUAUAUUGCUGCUAAAUUUGAUGCGAUUUGUCGCUUGUCGACCAUUCUUAACUUGCUACGAUGAAAUUAGUUCUACACCAUGCGCAUGCCCAAUCAAAUAAUGUUAAAACUGCUGCGAAGAAUCAAUAAUGUCUGUAAUUUGAAACUUUUGAUAUAUUUUUUAGCUUAGAUCUACGAGCAACUGGUUCUUCCUUCCCAAAAAAUGUCAAAUUUAUUUUUCGUCUUGGUACUUCAUUGAUGAUGUGCCGAUUCUUAUUUAUAUGAAAACCGUUGAUUUUACUUUAUUGUCAACUUGCAUUUUUCACUCACCCAAAAGCAAUAACAAAACUCUAAUUGAAUAAUCGAAAUUCACACACAAAAAAAUGAAUAUUUUUAUACUCUCACAUUCAAAAAAAAAUACUUAAAAGUGAAUAAAAUCGAAUACAAAAAAAUGUAGACUGGAACGAAAUUAAAUUUGUAGCAGUAUAAAAUAAAAAAAAAAAAAAAUUCAAUUAAAAAUUAAACCUAAAAUGGUAGACACUAAUGACAAUCUGCCAGAAAUGUUUUUGUAAAAAAAGAAAUGAAAAAUCAAAUUGAAAUAUUAUUGAAACUUUACAAACGAGGAAUUAAAAUUUUCACAACGCUUAAUGUUAACGAAAGAAAAAACUAAAAAAAAAAUCUUUAAAAUUAGCUCAACCUUAUAAAGGAAUCUAAUUUAGCUUUAUUAAAAUACAAAAAGACGGUAUUACAUUCCGUAAUCAAAUGACA